AUGCUCUUUCUGACGUUAUCUCAAAUCGGCAAACGAACCGCCGUCGCCUUUUCAUCCAACAAUAUGCGUGUAGUAGCAUCUUAUUCGCAAAGUAGUGCCCUUGCUGCAAGUGGUGGUGGUGGUGGUCGGGUUUCCAACGCGGUCCAAGACAAGGACGUUUUGGCCAAGACUUCAGCUGACACCAGCAGUCAACCAAAACAACCCAAAGUCAAAAUGGACACCAACCCACCCAAGGGAACCCGCGACUUUUAUCCCGAAGAAAUGCGUCUCAGAACCUGGCUCUUUGAUCAAUGGCGAUCCGUUGCAGCUGGUUAUGGAUUUUCGGAAUACGAUGCUCCCGUUCUAGAGUCCGAAGCACUCUACACCCGCAAGGCUGGAGAAGAAGUCACACAACAAUUGUACAACUUUGUCGACAAGGGUGAUCGAGCGGUCGCCUUGAGACCGGAAAUGACACCCAGUUUGGCCCGGAUGGUCAUGGCCAAAAAGGGCGGUUUGCCACUCCCACUCAAAUGGUUCUCCAUUCCGCAAUGCUGGCGGUACGAGCGCAUGACGCGGGGACGUCGAAGAGAACAUUUCCAAUGGAAUAUGGACGUCUGGGGAGUUGCCGGUGAAGAGGCGGACGCAGAAUUGCUGAGUGCCAUGGUGACAUUUUUCAAAAAAGUUGGAUUGACGAGUGAGGAUGUGGGCAUCAAGGUCAACUCGCGAAUGGUGAUUGGUGAGAUUUUGACCGAGUUGGGAAUUCCAGAAGAAAAAUUUGCGGCUACUUGUGUUUUGGUGGACAAAUUGGAAAAGGUUCCAUUGGAUGCCAUUCAAGGAGAUCUGGAAGAACUUGGAUUGGAUCGAUCUGUCGUGGAACGAUUGACUGGAGUCUUGACGGUCAAUUCGGUGGAGGCAAUUCAAGAAAUCUUGGGCGAAGAAUCUCCUGCCGUGCAGCAAAUCAAAAAAUUGAUAUCACUAUGCGAAGGAUAUGGCAUUGAAGAUUGGAUCAUCUUCGAUGCCUCUGUUGUUCGUGGUCUUGCCUACUACACUGGGGUCGUCUUUGAAGCCUUUGACCGAAAAGGGGUCUUGCGUGCGAUUGCUGGUGGAGGCAGAUACGACAAGCUAUUGGAGACCUUUGGUGGCGAUCCAACCCCAGCUGCUGGAUUCGGAUUUGGAGAUGCCGUCAUUGUUGAAUUGUUGAAGGAUCGAGACCUUCUUCCAUCUUUUGAAGCCUCUGGAGUGGACACUGUGGUCUUUGCAAUGAACGAAGAUUUGUACAAGGCAUCCUUGGAUGUCGCCAGCAAAUUGCGGGCUGCUGGACAAAAGGUAGACUUGAUUUUGGAACCCAAGAAGACAAAAUGGGUCAUGAAACACGCCAAUCGCAUUGGAGCCAAGUACUGUGCUAUCAUUGGCAGCCAAGAAUUUGAAAACGGAGAAGUUGCAAUCAAGAAUUUGGAGGCUAGUGAACAAGAAAGUGUCAAGAUUGCUGAACUUGAGGAAUGGGUGAGCAAGCAAUGA